AUGAAGCACUUUGCUGCCCUGAUUCUGGCGUCUGCCCUGGCCAUCCCGCUGGGUGCUGCUCGCCUCCCAUCAUUUACGCCAACAUCAGAAAAUCUUCCCAGCGUCGUCUACCGUGGCGACCUGAUUCCUCCAGAACAGUAUAAAAAAGACGGCGGAAUCCCGCCCGAGUUCACGGGGAACAUGACAGACAGCUCAUACAGUUUGUGGUCGCACAAUAAAGGUACCGAUUUAAGCCCCGGCAGGGAUUUCCAAUCGGCUUACGCGGCAACCUCGACGAUAUUUUCAGUCGCUGUUGCUUUUGCCAUCAAGGACAAUCCAAACGAAGCAGGAUGGAUAUAUCGAAUCCACGCCACGCCAAAUAUGAUUGACUUGGACCACUCUGAUUUCACGCCCUCAUAUCUAGAGCGCGAGUUUGCUGCCACGGGGGGAAUACGCUGGGACCAGGUUGAGGCCUGGCUCGAGGUUCCCAAGAAUGUGUCGACCAACAAGAGCGCCGACGGCGGCAUCGGGCGAGAAGAGAAACAGAGGUGGAGGACGGCUGAGGGUUUUGAAAAGGAGUUCCCCGACUUGAAAUGGGUCAACAACCCAGACUACAACUCAGUAUACGACCAAUAUCGCGCUAGUCAAGGACAGCCUCAACUUGCUGGCGCGCCGGAGAGACGACUAGGGCCACUUGCAAGCGAAUUCGCAAAGGAGAACAAGACAUUGAAGCAGCAUGCCAUUGAGUUUAUGGACAAGGUUGGCGCGCCUGUGGGCUGGAAGGGAACCCUUCCACUUGACCUCAAGGCUCCUGUACGCUGUCGAGCGUAA